UCAAAGUUUAGUGUGGGUGUGGGAAGGGUGACAGCAUUGCUCCAGCUUUGUCCUCCAAUGAAAGGGCAGCCCUCUGUGGUCUCUCCCCGCCCAUGGAGAGAGUGAGACAGAGGAGUCAGAGCAAAGAGUUUUAGUGGAGCCUGGAACAACUUUGAUUUUUUUCCCCCGUGUUUUUUUCUUUAACCUCGAUCGCCAUGUCUACAUCAGAACUUCCAAUCGCUUUGCUUUUAGAGUGGAAAUGUUUACAUCGAGCCGUGUAGACUCGCCUGAACAAUACUACUAUGGAUACGUGACGGUGAGCGAAGUUGGAAACUUUCUCGAUCCUCGGAGCGCAGCACAAUGGACUCCAGGCAGAGGAAGCGCUCCGGAGGAGGGACGCUGUGGAGGAUUUACCUCUAUCUGGCCUGUAUCUACUCUGCCUCCGCUGAGCUCAGAUAUUCUGUUUUGGAGGAACAAGAUCCGGGGUCUGUGGUUGGAAACAUCGCGAAUGAUCUGAGCCUUAAUGUUCAGGAUAUCGUCAGUAGGAGGCUACGGGUGGUCUCUGAGUCACCGGUGGAGUAUUUUGAAGUGAAACAAGCAACUGGUGAAUUAAUUAUUAAACAAAGAAUUGACAGAGAGCAACUGUGUGAACUGAGUUCAUCUUGCUCACAAAAAAUCCAAAUUAUCCUGGAGCAUCCACUGGAUAUUCACCGAGUUGUUGUGGAAAUCCGGGAUGUGAACGAUAACGCGCCGCAGUUUUCAACCAGCAAUAUUUCUCUGGAGGUGUCAGAGGCGGCGGCGCAGGGCACACGGUUCCGUUUGGAGAGUGCGCACGAUCCAGACGUGGAUACUAACUCCUUACGAUCUUACCGUUUGGCUGCAAAUGACUUCUUUACACUGAAUGUGGAGACUAAGAGUGAUGGCAGCAAGUUUCCAGAACUGGUCGUGAAUAAAGCUCUGGACAGGGAGACACAGGCCUCUUUUCGCCUGUUACUCACUGCUGUGGAUGGGGGUCAGCCGCAGAAAUCUGGCUCAACACUUCUGCUCAUUAAAAUUCUGGAUGUAAAUGACAAUGCGCCCGUCUUUAGUGAGCCAGUGACAAAGGUGACGUUGUUGGAAAAUGUCGCACAGGGCACUUUAGUUACAAAAUUAAACGCAACUGACGUUGAUUCUGGCAGUAAUGGUGAAAUAUCAUUCCUGUUUAGUAAAUACACACCAGAGCGUGUUCUCCAGCUCUUCAGCAUAGACUCCAAAAGCGGGGAGAUCAGUGUGAAGGGGGAUGUGGACUAUGAGAAGGCCACAUCUUAUCACAUUACAGUGCAGGCCAGAGAUGGGGGAGACCCUGCCAUGGAGGGCUCCUGUAACCUCAUAGUGGACAUCAUUGAUGUGAAUGACAAUGCCCCGCAGGUGACACUGAUGUCUGCAACCAGCUCCAUCAGUGAAGAUUCACCUAAAGAAAAAAUGAUUGCUCUCAUAACUGCUCGAGACCUGGAUUCUGGAGAUAAUGGGAAGGUUACAUUAACCAUCCCAGCAGGUCUGCCUUUUAAACUUAAUUCAGCCUUUGAUGGUCAUUAUAGUCUGAUAACUGCUGGCAGCCUUGACAGGGAGACUGUCCCAGAGUACACAGUGGUUAUUAAGGCAACUGACGCUGGCUCCCCACCCCUCACAUCCCAACAAACCUUUGUCGUAACGCUCCUGGAUGUAAACGACAAUGCCCCCUCCUUCUCCCAGCCUUCAUACUCUGUGGACAUCCCUGAAAACAACCUCCCAAGUUCUCCUAUAGCUGUUGUUUCUGCCACCGAUGCUGACCUGGGUGAGAAUGCUCAUAUCUCCUAUUCCAUUCUUCCUAGUAUGAUCCAGGACUCUCCCAUCUCAUCUUAUGUGUACAUCAACCCAGAGACUGGCCACAUCUACAGCAUGCGCUCCCUGGACCAUGAGAAGGUUAAUGCUUUCCGCAUUCAGGUGCAGGCCAGGGAUGCAGGGGAGCCCCAACGGGCAACAAAUGUCACUGUACAUGUGUUUGUUGUAGAUGUGAAUGACAAUGCACCAAUGAUUGUUCAUCCCUCCUACCCUAAGGACAAAAGACUCCAGCUCAGUGUGCCCCCAUCUGUUAGCACAGGCCAUGUCAUAAAUAAACUGGUUGCAGUGGAUGCAGACAGUGGGCACAAUGCAUGGUUGUUUUACUCUAUUGCACCAGGACCAAACGCUGGCAUGUUCCGUAUUGGGGUCCACACUGGAGAGCUCCGAACGGCCCGCAAGUGGGCCGAAGAAGAUGAGGGUUCUACUUAUGACAUAACAGUCAUCAUCCAGGAUAAUGGGGAUCCACCAAAAUCUACUUCUGUGAAUAUCACCGUAACCGUGGAUGAGAAGGCCAAAGCUGUUGAUGUCCCUUCACACCCCCGACACAACCACUUCUACCACCACACUGGGAUGUCUAACAUCACUUUAUAUCUCAUCAUCUCUCUCGCAUGUGUGUCAGGUGUGGCUUUCAUCACUUUUCUGGUUCUCAUGGUGCGCUGCCUUAGGCACCGUGGUCCAGGGCUGGGAGACUCUGAAUGCUGCUGCUAUGGCCGCAGCAGGUCCAGCCGCUACCAUCAGAGGCCCAGUAAAGACCUACACCUGCAGCUCAACAGUGAUGGGCCCAUACGAUACAUGGAGGUGGUGGGAGGCCCCCAGGAUCCUCACACACGCACCUAUCGGCCCUGCUACUCCACCAUAUCUAGCCGAAGUGACUUUGUAUUUAUGAAGACACCCAUGCUGAGUCAUAACAACACGCUCAACAUGACACUCAGUCGGAAGAACCUAAUGAACUCAGCCAUUGAGCAAAAGCCACCCAACAAUGACUGGCGUUUCACACAAGGACAGAGACCUGGACCAAGCGGUCCCCACAUGCCAUACGGUACACACAUACGAUGGACGCCGAAGAAUGGGACAAGGGCAACUGGAGGACCUGAGGUAGCCAUGGGAACUGGCCCCUGGCCGCAGCCCCCCACCGAAGCUGAGCAGCUCCAGGCACUUAUGGCAGCAGCUAACGAAGUCAGCGAAGCGACGGCCACCCUCGGGCCCGGCACCAUGGGCUUGAGCACCCGCUACAGCCCCCAGUUCACCCUGCAGCACGUGCCCGACUACCGCCAGAACGUCUACAUCCCCGGCAGCACGGCCACCCUCACCUCCAAUCCCCAGCAGCAGCAGGCCACGGCCCAGCAGGCCACACAGCAGGCUCUGCCUCCGCCUCAGGCCUCGGCACAGGCCGAGCCUCCAAAGGCUGCCCAGACCCCGGCCUCCAAGAAGAAGUCCACCAAGAAGGAGAAGAAGUAGACAUAGGUGGAGAGGAAGUUGAGGCAUGAUGAAGUGAUGAGAAAUCCAUCCCCCCAUACCCCACCAUUGCAUAUCUGCUGUCACAUGGAUGCAGCUGGUGGUUCUUAAAAGGUUUUCCUCUGAGAAUCCAAAUAUGCUGGAGGUUUUAGUGUUACUAACCCUUGUUUUGCCUAAAGGUCUAGUAUUGUUCAUGUAAUCUUUGUGGGUAGAUAUUUUUUGGUUGGGUAUGGGGGGUUGCUGUUAUCUUUCCCCUUCUUAUUUUCUUUAAAUGAAAAAAAAUUUAAUGGACAAAGAGAUUCAGUGUAAGAACCUUGCUGGAGUGACAAGGCUACACACAGCGAUGUAUUCAGAGAUGAAAAGUUAAUGUCUUUCAUGUUGGAUUUAUUGUGAACUUUCCAGAAAGUGGAAAGUCGUCUAUUGUAGAGUUCGCUUGUUGCCAUUCAUUAUAAUCCUGUGUAGGGUCAGCCGCAAAGCAUAAGGCUGGUAUUACAGACUCUUCUGCAUGCUCAUUAAUGCAAACUAUGCAUUGCAAAAGCAAAAUGGAAGACAUUCGGAAUCCUUUUUGUUCCUCCUUUCAAUCGCAGGUCAUUGUAAUGCACAUGUAGUGAUUACUUGACAAAAAAUAAGAAUAACUUUUGUAAUCAUAGUUUUAAGGAAAAAAAAGAUAAGAAUUUAACCUUCUGAUAUUUUGUAUGACCUGAGCAUGCACCCACAGUUAAGGAGAGGACCUAUCAGAGGACUGUACUCUGAGGUCAUCGUGGCUUCCUGUAUCACACUGCAGGAUGGGUACAGAGAUAUCCUGCUGUCCCCCUCACAUCCGGUUAGUGUCUUUCCUCACCCCCAAUUUGAGCCAAACUAAAAGAAAUGCACUGGUUGUUUGCUGAGAAAGAGAUAGUGUUGGGGUUUUAAUCACUUCAAUCUUUAGGGAAAAGUGUAGAUGUGGUAAACUUAAGUGCUUAGGAGUUUCUAGACACUUUGUAAGCCUAUAGGGCCUUGAUGGAGUUUUCCCUUCACUUUCUUGAGGUGCUGAAGAAAUUUAUUGAUGUGUUUUCUUUAUCGUUUUUCUUUGGGAGAUGUUGAUUAAAUUGCAUAAAUGGGUUUGUUUAAGAUAUGAAGUCUUUACUUUGCCGUCCAUCUGUUUGUCCAGUUAAUACUGCAUGAAAAAGAGGGCCACUCACAGGCUGGGUAAGAGGGGGGCAGAAGGGGAUUAGUGAGAGCUAGAACGAUUAAGGUGACUACCGAGUGGGUGAGGAUACAACCUUUGGCUCUACCCACUGAAUGUAAAGAAGAACCAAUGCUGCCCUGCCCACCCUUUUUAACUCCCUCCAAAGUGUUGACCCAGAUAGAGGUCAACAGACCCAAGCACAGUCAAAGCAGUGGGUGAGGAGAAGACCUUUGGCACAUCUUCUCCAUGUUUGAAAUUAAUUGCAAGCAUGAUCUUCUCCACAUCUCACCUGUCAGCACUAACCCCCCCUCCUCGACAUUCUGUGAGGCUCCUCCCCCACUGUAAAUAAACACGAGUCCGGUCGAUGGUAUGAGCCAAGUUUUUGAACAGAAGGGACCACGUCCAACGGUUCCCUCUUGACAAGGCAUGGCUUACUACUGGAAUGUGUUUGCUUUUUUGUUUUUCAAGAAAAUGAAAAACCGCAGCUUAAAAAAAAACACAAAAAGAACAACAACUCUAUUUACAAUAGACAAAAAAAUUUGACCUGUUCUUCAACAGUUUGUGUUGCAAUGUAGUAACUGAGCACCAUGGAAGCCAACUAACUCUUCAGUGUAAAUAAAUGACUUAAAGAUAACUUUAGAUGAGUAAAAACAAAGUGACACACGUAGACUAGUUAACUUGUGGUAUGUGUUGCGCAUAUUUUUGUGUUUAUUUUUCUCUUUACUACCUUUUAUCACCCUGUAAAGAAAUAAAACAAAAAAGAAAAAAAAA